AUGUCUGUGUCUACAGCAGCAAAAGAAGCAACACUUCCCCUCACACACCAUAAUACAAGAUCAACUUUUUUCUUAAAUCUUACUUUCUCGAUGUCGAUCCUAAUUUCAAAACAAGCUAGCCCGCGCUCACCAUCCCACUUGAAGCUACCUUCGUCGAGCCAGCUGGUCAGGUCCGCUCACUCGAUUGUGUCGCCGGUGGGUACCUGGUCCAAGAAACUCGGUGAGUAUGUGAAAGGAGAUAAAAGGGAUUCAAGCCUAACACAAGAAAGUCUGCAGGAGUUCAACAAGAGAAAUGCACUGAUAGAAGCAAGGUACAACAGCAGCAGCCCCUAUUAUAAGGGAUUAACCGACUUUUCGCUGGAUAUCAACAGAGAAAAACCCUCAGGUUUCAACCCUGUAAGAGACAGAAAUGCAGUAAAAUUCAUAAGCCCAUACUAUAAAGGAUUAACAGACUUUUCACUUGUUAUCAAUAAGGAAAAAUUCUCAGAGUCUAGCCCUGGAAGAGAGAGUCAAUCAGCAAGUUCCAUCAGCUCUGGUUCCAAGUCCAGUUUGUCUGUCAAGGUGCACGAAUGGAGCUCGUCUUGGUUUAGCCUAAAAAAACACAAACGUGGCAAUUCCUCAUCGAGUUUUUCUUCUAACAAAAGCUCCCACGAUGGUUGCGCAGAAAAAACCACAGAGAAUGCAGCAGCAGCCACAAAAGUCAAAGCCAAGAGAGAAAGAAAGAACUCUGAGUCUGGGAGAGAAAUUGUUACUCUUCUAGGAAUGAAGAGUGAAGAUACUACUAUGGCUUCCCAGAAGCCCUUGAGGGAGAGAGACUCUGAGCCACUACCUAUGCGGCCACUGUCACCGCUAAACGAACCUAUACCCGAAUCAUUACCAUAUCCACUACCUUAUAUAACACAACCAACAGCACAAUCAUUUCCAUCACCACUGCCAACACCACUCUCAGAAUCACAAGCUGCACCAACAUCACCAAUGGUUUUACAGAGCCCAGCACAGCAACCUCCAUCCACUGGAGGAGUUACAUAUGAGAACCAGGAAAUAAACACGAAUGGAUAUGAAAGAGAGUUCGUCUGGGCAGAGAAAUAUAGGCCUUUAUGCCUGCAGGAUUUUCUAUGCAACCGGAAAGCUGCACUUGAACUACAGGCAGUAGCAAGAAAUUUUCAUGAGGAAGGAGACGACUGUGGUCACUUCAUAUUUGAAGGCAACCCAGGGGUAGGAAGGAGAACCAUGAUUUGGGCUUUGCUUAGAGAAGCUUUUGGACCAGACAAAGUGCAGGCAAGACAAGAACGCAAGGAAUUUCGCUUGAAGGGAGAAGCAGUGGAGAGCAUCCACGUAAACUUAAUGGUAUCACCUCAACAUACUGAAGUCAACCUUUCUGAACUUAAAGGUUAUGCGAAGCAUGUGAUACUUGAACUUAUCAAUGAGAAAAAUCAGAAGUUAUCUGACAAAGUAUUGCACAGCAACCCCGAGAACUGUCGAGCUAUUAUCCUAUACGAAGCAGACAAGCUAUCAACCGAUGCCCUGUCGUAUGUCAAGUGGAUGCUAGAGAAGUUCAAAGGAUGUAACAAGGUAUUGUUUUGCUGUAGUGAUGCCUCAAAACUUGAGUCCAUAAAGCCACUUUGCAGGUUUAUUCAACUCCUCGAACCUACAAAUGAAGAGAUUCUCAAAGUACUGGCCUCCAUAGCACACCAAGAAGGGAUAGAGCUACCUCAACAAUUGGCCAAUAAAAUUACUGAGAAUUCCAGGAAUAACCUAAGACAAGCUAUACGCUCAUUUGAAGCCAUCUGGAACUUCAAGUACAGUAGAGAAAACCACUGCAAGGCUUCCCUAAAGGGAGCUCAACUUAUCAGAACUGGGUGGGAAGAUACAAUAGCCAAAAUUGCAAGAAAUGCUGUAAAAGAACAGAGCCCAAAACAGCUUUACAAUAUUCGUCAAGAACUUAAAAUUCUUAUAGAGCACAAUGUGGCUCCAGGCUUCAUAUUGCAAGCUCUGAAAGACGAACUAAAAAUAAUUCUUCCACAACACUUACUGCUUCAGUUUGAUAAGUUAUACAACGAUUGUAAAAAGAAUCAUGUCACUAGAAAGUACUUGGCCUCCACACAUCAACUAGAGGAAUCUGGAAAACGACUAAGUGAUCCAAGAAAGAAUGUACACGAGUUCAUGAGCAUUGAAGAGUUCAUGGCGAGAUUCAUGAGUUGGUAUAAAGCUUGGGUUUAGAAAGAGUUCUAGCCAGAAAGAAACCAGGAGACACCUGAGAUCUUAUCUGUCAUUCCGUAUUUUAUUUAGUAUUGAUUCCAGCAAUGUCUUGUCAUACAUGAUUGCAGCAUAAAAAUAAGACAGUAAAACAAAAAAAUAAAUGAAAUAAUAAUAUUAACAAACAAAUUAGCUUUCUGUGUCAUGUAAAGCAUUAAAUAAGAAACCAUUGCUGCUUGCAAAC